AUGGUGUUCAACCCGACGAGUCCGAUCCGAGUGUUUGGUCGCAAAGUUGCUAAUCCUCCUCGGCCUGUGGCGGCUGAGCCUAACAUCCGAAGCACACCGACCACGACGGAACUACCUCAUCCAGCAUCUCCAGCUCUGACCAUGGGCUCAAGCUGGCAUGAAGGCAUGUCGAGGCUGAGGCAUCCAUCGCGCGACGGAGACGCAACACUCCAGGAGACCAGUCGUUGGUCAAAGACGACAACUGAGUCUGAAGCAUCAGAGGCUCUCAAGAAUCUGCAAUCUCAGCCACGGAACGUGCUAAGGAAAAAGACGAAGCAGAACAGAAAGUCAACAGAUACUACAAAUUCGAGUCCGGUUGAUCCAUCGUACGAUCCGACUGCUAAGAGAUUUUUGGAGAUGCCUCCGGGUUCGAUCACUGAUCCAGAUGAAUCCAAGUCUUCCUAUGACUCUGGCUCUGACGAUUCUGGCCAGGAAUCACCAGUCAUUCAGAGGGCAAGUAGUGUCCGCGUAGCAAAGCCAAACAUUGUUCAGCAUAACAAUAAUUCGGGCUGGUCUAUUCCAAGACUGUAUGCCCCUCGUUCGACUCCGACGGAAAUUGAAUGUAGCACAGCCAAAGAUCUUUCACCUUCGAAAGGACAUGGACUGUGUCCAUCCGUCACAGGACAGGAAUCACUGCAAGGUGGCAAUUUGAACGGACCAGAAGACGCGCUGAAGGCGCCCGAAGGACGAGUCUCAGAGGCCGAUACCCUCACUGCACUUCCAGAAGUGAUAUCUCUCGAUCAUCGGCCCGAGCAGAGCAACCAUGUCAAAGAAACAAUCAUCGAAUUUCCUGACACCCCAGGGCGUGUUGAAGCUCUGUCCACCCUUCCAACGCCAAUGGGAGGAUUUGGUUCUGUCCGUCUUCCACGAAAUGAAACUGGCACGAUCUCAUCAAGUGGGACAUUUGUCUCAACAGCAGCCCCGAUUGAUGGUCUAAGGUCGAAUCCCCCAACAGACCUUGAGAAGAAAUUGUCCCGUGCUAUCUCGGCUCCAGUCCGCAACUCACGCCGUGUGACAAUUCGACCAGCAGACCUGAUCAUAACUCAGACGAAUAAUGACCACAAACUCUUCCGCGAGAACGUCGUCAGCACUCCGUACCCAGCUCGACACAGCAGUAUCGGCGAGAUUGACGAGGUUGCUGCCGCCAACGUGGGAGACGGCGAUGUGUCCAGAGCGGACAGCAAGACCUCGUCCAAACUGUCAAAGAGUCUUCGGCGGGCUCGCUCGACGCGCAGGAAAUCCCUUUCUACCUCUCAGGAAGCCAAAGGCGAAAUCACGGAGAAACCACGGUCUUCUAAGACGCUUUCAGGACGCCUUCUGGAAAAGGACGAAGCGCCCGAGAUCCCUCUGUCGACGAAACCAGCCGUUGGUGCCAGCACCCCAACCACAUCCGACCGAUUCCCGUCCCCCGUGGGCCCUGAAGUUCUGUUUCUGGACCUACAUCUCGCACGCCAGCCUUCGGCCAAAACGACCGUCGAGAUCGUAAUCACCGACAAAACGAGCUUCGACGACGAACAGCUCUUCGCCGUGGUUCAACAGUCGUACCGCUCUCACCUACUGGGCGUUGCACGGCGUCUGUUCUCGGCACGCGAACUCUCCUACGCUUCACCCAGCACCGACUUCUCUGCUUCCACCACCGCAGCUAGUACCGCCACGCCGGCCCAUCGGUUCUGGUACCCCGGCAGUCCCCUACCGCCACUGACCCCAGCAGGAGGAGGAGCGGGGGGGAAGCACGACAUCGACGGCACGGACUUUGUCAAGCAUCUGCGUAACCCACGCCUCGGGCGACGUCGCAAGUUGUGGCUCUUGUGGCUCCGCAACGGUCAACAACAGACCGAGUCGUUUGCGUCGCGACGCCCCCGUACUACCCGUCACGCCCCCGGUCCCGCUGAUACCAGCAGCCCGUCCGACGACGUCAGCCCCGUGUUCAGCUUCAUGGGCCACAGCCGCAACAACAGCCGCGACUCGGACGCGUACGGUACGGCUACCCCGGGCGCAUUCGCGUUUGGCUCCUCCGGCGCGACCGCCGCGGGUGCGACAACAACAACAACAACAACUCCCAGCGCCCACCCCAGCGUCAAGACCCCACGCAUGCCGUUCCAUGCGCCCACGUUCCCCAUGUCGUAUCGCGGCGGGAGUCGAUCGCACUUCGGCGCAGGUGCGAGUUCUCGAGAUUCGUCGACGGGCGCGACGACGAGCGGCCCGCCGUGCCUGUACCUCCACCACACGUUCUCCCUGCGCAGGAUCGUCGCCGCGCUGGCGGUCGUGCUGUUCCUGGCCAUCUUCACGACCGUCACGUGGGUCCUGUUCGGCCUCCCUGGGCGCGGGGCGGAUCAGGGCGACACGACGACGCUGGUCGAGGGGGUAGAGUACGUCGUGGGUUGGAAACGGGAUGCGCAGAGCCGCGCGGGCGUCGGACUUCUCAUGGGCAUCGCGGUGCUCCUGGGCGGUCUCGCGUGUGAGGCCGUCUGGGUUUGGGGCAGUUGGGUCCUGAUUUGA